AUCAACUCUUGGUCCGUUAACAUACGAUAUUGACACCCUUUAUCAUGACAAAUAAUAAUGAUGGUUAUUUACUCCUACUAUGUUUUUAAAAGUAGUAUCCAUUAACAAUACUAUAGUACUUUUUACAAACCAACACUCUGUUUCUGUUUUAUCCCAUGGAAUUGCAGAAAACCAUUGCUCUGUUUAUUCUCUUCUGUUAUUUAAUCAGUAGCACAGUCGCAAACACAGAAUUUUGCUUCACAUCUGCAUGUGGCAAAAAUGAACCACUUAUCCGAUUCCCUUUUCGUUUACGAAAUUUCCAAUCCGUAGAUUGUGGCUAUCCAGGUUUCAACCUGUUGUGCGAUGCAUCAAAUGAAACAAUUCUUCGACUACCAAAUAAAUCAGGAGAAUUCACAGUCCAAGCCAUAAAUUAUUCGACACAAGAAAUAUGGCUUAACGACCCCAAAGACUGCCUUCCUCAGCUACUCCUUAAGUUAAAUCUCUCUGCUUCUCCUUUUUCCGGAGUUUAUUAUCAAGAUUACACUCUGUUCAAUUGCUCCUUAGAUUAUACGAUGAUCAAGCUAAAUCCAAUAGCUUGUUUAAGUGGUUUGCAUUAUACGGUAUAUGCUACAUCGUCUAUGAGAGGAGUUAGCUUGUUGGAAAGACCAGAGUGUAAAUUGAUACGAACUAUAGCUGUACCAGUACAAUGGCCUUUUUAUGAACAGGUGGUCUCGUCGGAUCUUAGUGGUGAUAUUCUUCUGACAUGGGCUAAUCCAUAUUGUAAAAUGUGUGAGUCAAGGGGUGGACGAUGUGGUUUGAAGAGGACCAUGUAUACUCGAGAAAUCAUUUGUGAGAAUGUUCGUGGAAGUGGGUUUCCUAAAGGCGCACAAUACGCUAUAAUUGUGGGAGCUGGGGUGCCAGCAAUGUUAUUUUUUGUUGGGCUUUUGUGUUUCAUAUGUGGAAGGAUAAGGUCUUAUAGGAGGAGAGCCGCACCAGUACUAGAAUUCAGUUCAACCGUAGCACCACAACCCAUUGCAUUGGUUGGUUUAGAUGAGCCCACAAUAGCAUCCUAUCCCAAAACUAUAUUGGGAGAGAGUCGACGUUUGCCCAAGCCAAAUGAUAAUAUCUGCCCAAUAUGCUUGUCUGAAUAUCAGCCCAAAGAGACCUUAAGGACCAUACCUGAAUGUCAACACUGUUUCCAUGCAGACUGUAUAGAUGAAUGGCUUCGAUUAAAUGCUUCUUGUCCAGUUUGCCGCAAUUCUCCUAAGUGUGUUCAUGGUACCGUAUAAUAUGCUUUUCAAAAUUUUGGUUCGGUAUGGCUCCAUUUUGGUUUGUGAUGUAUAGUACUGAAAGACUUUAGGUUGAAUUGAUACUUCU